CACAGAGGAAACGGGAUCUUUUGAAACAUGGCUUUGCUGAAAAAGAGAAAGCACGAGAGGAGUGAGCAGGACCAGGAGUAUUUCCAGUGCUACUCGGAUGUGUCAAUCCAUGAGGAGAUGAUUGCGGAUACAGUUCGCACUAAUGGCUACAAGCAGGCGAUUCUGCACAAUCAUUGUGCUCUGCAGGGUCUCACUGUGCUGGACGUGGGCGCUGGCACCGGCAUUCUCAGUGUGUUUUGUGUACAAGCGGGAGCCACACGAGUGUACGCAGUGGAGGCCAGCGCUGUGUCCCAACUAGCCAGUCACGUGGUCACGUUAAAUGGAAUGGACAACAAGGUGAAAGUGCUGAACAGUCCAGUGGAAAGCGCUGAGAUCCCUGAACAAGUGGACGCCAUUGUGAGUGAAUGGAUGGGAUACGCAUUAAUGUAUGAGUCCAUGUUGCCUUCUGUUAUCUACGCCCGCGACAAGUGGCUGAAACCUGGAGGAAUCAUCCUGCCGUCUGCUGCCGAUCUCUUUAUCGCUCCCAUUAACGACCGCGUAGUCGAGAGUCGCCUGGACUUCUGGAACGAGGUUAAAGGGCUGUACGGCGUAGACAUGAGCUGCAUGAGACCCUUUGCCCAUUCCUGUAUUAUGAACAAGGAGAUGGCCGUCAACUUGCUCUCGCCCGAGGAUGUACUUUCUUUCCCCGUCAGAUUCGCCUCUCUGGAUUUAAACGUCUGCACGCAGGAGGAGGUACGAAAUCUCCACGGCUCAUUCCAGUUCAGCUGCUUCGGCUCGUCUUUGUUGCACGGAUUCGCACUCUGGUUCACCGUCACAUUUCCAGGAGAAAAAACGGUCACUUUAUCUACGUCGCCGUAUGGGGAGGAAACACACUGGAAACAAACACUGUUGUACCUGGAUGAAGAGAUUCAAGUGGAACAGGACACGGACAUAACUGGGGACAUCACCCUCUCGCCGUCAGACGUUAACCCCCGGCACCUACGGGCGCUGCUAAACUACUCGAUUGGUGGCGGCUUGCGAAGGACAAAGCACUUUCACAUGGGAACUUAGAUCUGCUAUACAGAACCAAUCAAGCCCCAAACGCUGAGGUCACUGAAAAAGAAAUAAAGAUUAAACUGCAUUUAUUUUUUAUAUUUUUUUUCUACCACAGUCCCAUUCAGAUUUUACUUGUUUUCAAGCUGAAAAUUUUGUAAGUUUCCAUUCUGAGCUAGAACUGUAGCUUUAAUUCUUCAUUGAGGGGACCAUGGUCCCAACUUCGGCACAAGAGCCUAAUAAAAAUGUCUGCAAAAUGUUCCCAAUAAAGAAUAAAAACUA